AUGAACGGUGUCAAAGAUGAUAAAACACGCCAAAAACAGCUUGCUGCAUUCAUAAGCGGACUGAAUUUGCUACAAACUCUUCUACUUGGUCUGACAACUGGCAAAUAUGCUAUGACGAGGUUCCAACUAGAUUGUGACAAAACAUCUGUAGGUAUAUUUAUCAACAUGACUCAUAACGCAAUGGAACUUGCAAAUAUUAUUGGAAUUACCCUAAUUUUUAUAUACAUUAUAUCCUAUGGAAAACACAUGAAAACAAUCUCAAUAUUCACAAGUUGGCUCCUGUGUGCAGUAAAUGUUGCUCUUCUUCUAAUAUUUAUAUCUGGUGGUGAAGAAGGAUAUGCUACACUCUAUUACUGGACAUUAGUCCUAUCGGCAUUUGUCUACGGAUUAAAUCAAAUUUCAUUCAUGAAGACGUACCCAGACGGGGUUUUAUUCGCAACUGCUGGUGUUUCACUGACAUCGGUUAUGGUAUUUAUCUUUCAUUCUGUAUUUCUAGUCAUAUCAAACUUUCUGAAAAUCAGUGAUUUGAGUUGCUUGCUAAUCCCGUCCCAGAUAUCCAUCAUCAUAAUUUUAUCCGCAAAUUCUGCAAUAUUAUGGACGGUAACGUUUUAUGAUGAAACAGAGACUCAUGACAGAGUGAAUGAAGAGUUUGAUAUAAAAAGUUCUUGGUCCCCAAUUUUAAUGUGUGUUCUAAGUCUCAGUAUUCUCUACGUUUUUUAUCCAGCAAUUGCACCUUAUAAGAUAACCAGUCUACGUGUUGGCUAUAUAAUACAACUAAUUAGUGUGGUCCUAGACCCCUCACCUUCGAUAAUUGUAUGCGUACUGACCAUAUUUGACAUGGGUCCAAAUAAAAGGUGGGAAGGUGUCAAUGCACGAUGGAACUUUGCUUGGUUAGUAGGUCCUACAUAUGUGAUGUCUGCAGUGUUAUUCUUAAUAACUCUUCACUACCCAGGAUCUGCGAUAUCAGAAACUAUCAAAAGUCAACCCAUAGUUGCUGGGUUCCUCGUACUCUUGUUCAAUAUAUCGCGACAAACGUUAAAAUCGGUUGGAGCAGGUGGAGCUGGAUUGCAGGGGAAGGAUAACAAGUCGAAUGGGAAGGUUAUCGGUUUUACCCUUUUAAUAUCUUUGUUCACAAUGGUAGUACUAUCAUUUAUCGGAGACGGUUACCUAAAGACUUACUCAAAAUACGAACAUGAUCUAGACAACUGGCCCACAAAAGGCUUGGGAAUGAUUGACUCAUUCCUAUUCUGGUUGGGAAGCGGAAUAAAGGCAGGUUUCCAGAGCUUGCGGGAAUCAUUUACAAGCGAUAUUACGCGUAACUUUGCACGAUCUUCAAACGUGGUAAUCCGUUCUAUAACGUACAAUCGGGAGGGUUCCUGCAAUUAA